UUGUUUACUAUUAUAGAACUACAGAUUAAAUUUUAUAAAUAUCGGACAACAACUGUCAUAUAGCUUCCAUAGAAGAGAAUAAAAGAUUAAUAGGAAAAUAAACUAUACGCAUACAAAUCAAAAUUAAGACGUUCUGUUGAAUAUUUUUUUUAUUAGCUUCCAGGCUUCUUUUCUUGUUUUAGAUUAAUAUUAUACAUUGCUUUGCAACUUAGCUAAUUUACUUUUUUGUAACAAAUUUAAUUCUCGCUUUGUUUUAACUGCUUACGAGUUUCUGAGUCACUCAGUUAAAUAUUAAAUGUAAAGCAAGGACCGUACCUCUAUAAUUCAUAUCUUAUGUAUUAAAUAAGUAAAUGGGUAUAAUUAAUGAAACACAUUGAAUCCUUGCCUAAAAUUGCAAAAUUGCUAAGCAACAUAUGAGUCAAUAAAAUUAAAAAAAAAAACCUUGUCCACGCCCUUAAAGUUAUAUUGUUGUCACUUCUUGUGCCAAAUAUAGUCAAAACCAAUAUAGAAUUAGUAAUUAUUAUAGUAAGCAUUCCUGUUCUAUAUAUAGUCUAAUAGGUUUCGAUAUUUUAAAUGUGUCUUAUCUUAGGGGACUAAGCAAUGUUUGCAGAAUAUGAAAAAAUUACUGGAACUCCCCACGCUGAAACUUGUGCUAAAUUUAGAAAUAACUAAAGACCCUUACAGGCCUUGGCAUAUAAAAUACUAGCUCCGUCGGUAGUUCAGACAUCGUGAUCCAAGGUCGUAACCAAGCCAGUGAAGAUGUUCAUCCAGAGUUUUCUACUGCUAUUGGCUAUAAACUUCCUGUCUGCAAGACGAGUUCCUCGACCGGAGGAAAGGAUUGUCGGUGGGCAGAACAUUGAAAUAGAACAGGCUCCUUGGCAGGUGUCCCUACAAGUGAAUGGGGAACACUACUGUGGAGGCUCUAUUUACAACAAGGAUAUUAUCAUAACUGCUGCCCACUGCCGUUUUGAUAAAGAAAGACGCCGACUGGAGGCCAAAGAUUUCCUAAUUCGCGUGGGCUCGUCGUUGUUGAACUCCAAAGGAACCCUUGUCAAAGUGGCCGCCAUAAGGUCUCACGAGAAUUAUAACAGUACAAAUUUGACCAAAGACAUUGCCGUCAUGCGAUUAAGUGAGCCUCUUAAUUUCACCGACAAAGUCAAGAGUAUCCCUUUGGCCGAGAGGAAUCCUGCUCCUGGAACAGUUGCAAAGGUUUCCGGAUGGGGAGCAACAUCAGCAUUUCCAAAGCUCUCGAAUCCGGUUCACCUUCAAGGCGUAUGCGCCCGUAUAUUAGGGGUUAAUCAGUUUUUCAUUUUUGCCGGAUCUAAUGUACAAACGGCUUGUUAUGGUGACUCUGGUGGACCAUUGGUUGUAGACCAACAACUUGUGGGUGUCGUUUCGGGAAUAUUUGAAUAUUGCGAUGGUCCUACAAAAUACAUAAGUGUAUCUAACGAAAGGAGCUGGCUUUUAAAUGCCAUUGCAUCUAUUAAAUUAUAAGAUCCAAUGUAAUGAAUAUCAAAAUAUUAAACAAGUAAAUAAAAAUAAAAAAAAGUAUUUUAAUGAUACUGGGUUAAAGCAUCUUGGGAGCAUAACUAUUUGGGGUUUACUUGUACGAAUAAUCAGCACUAAUCUCAAGC